GUUCUCAUCAUGAGUGGUCAUCUCAAGGCCCUUAUAGUGUCUCGUAAUAAGGGAUUGAUUUUGGGAGAGUAGUUGGGAAGCUUUUGUAGAUGUUCAAGAAAGUAGAUCCUCCUCGGGGUCAGUAAACCAUGUUUCACUGUGAGCUAUCAUAUUGACAAAUGGCGGUCUGUACUUGACGGAGGUAUAAAAGGCAAUGCUCCACACACAGUUCAUGCUGAACUUGGUGUGUUAUUUCCUGUUGAGGUCUCAUUUGAAGGAUAUGCCAACUAACUACGGGCGACCAGCUUUCAGUUCACCACAAUGUACUGUUACGGGUGAAUGCGCGACAGUGCAGAUAAAAAAACUGGGGUACAAUGCACAUUUCAACCAUUGGCAAAGCAAGUUAUUGAUGGUAUAGCAGGAAGUAUUCCGCAUUUGCCAUCAGUAGGCCUUGUAUGAACUUCAGCCACACAGUUGAUGUAGUUUUACACAGUUUCGCGAGAGCAAAAGAGUUGCAUUAAAGCUGAAAUUUCCGAUUUUCAAGAACCAGGUACGCGAUCUUCAAAAGAUGGCUGAUGGGACAUCUAUCGGAGCCUGUUUCCAUUUGUUGGUGGCGAUGUCUUUUCUCGUGGAGUCGGUGACUGGUCAAAACGUCGUUUGUCCCUCUGAUUGGACGGGUAAUACAGACAAUAACAAAGACACUGGAGUUGUGACUUGGAGUAUCCCAAGGCAGCCUUCUGAGGUGAUGAACACGGCAUGCACCCCCCAGAGUGGCUCGGAGUUUCCAAUCGGCAUCACUGUGGUAACAUGCUCGGCUCAAACUACUGCUGGUGAUAGGGUAACCUGCACAUUUCGGGUGACAGUUUCCGACAAUCAGAAUCCAACGAUAACCAAGUGUCCCGAAGCCGUUCGCAAGACUAUACCCGACUUCGAUCCGAUGAAUCCGGUGUUCUCCGUUCCGGUCAGCUGGGACCAACCGGCGACCGACGACAACUCGAACAAACCUCUACGCACGUCCUUCACGCACGUGCCAGGGACCAAAUUCGACUUGGGCAUCACGACUGUCAGGUAUACUACCAGGGACAGCGCGGGCAACGAGGCGAGUUGCUCCUUCAACAUCCGUGCUGUCGUGCAACCACCGGUGAAUCAUACCUUGUUCAGGUCCGUCACGAGUGAGCGUUUCACCGUCGUCUGGCCCCAGUCAGAAAAUGCAGCCAUUGCAGACUACAGCCUCUUAGUUUGGGCAAAUGGGACACCCAGGCCCGAUUCCAGCCAGCGCGUGCCUGUUACGCUUUCCUCUGACCAGAUGAAGUAUACCUAUGUCGAACAGGCUGUCACCAGUCUCGAACCCGGGACGUUGUACAACGUAGAGGUCAGCAGUGAGUCGGGUGCCGUCGUCUCUUCGACUCAGCAAUGGACGAGACCCACCGUGCCAGCCGGUCUGACAUCAACAACCCUGUCACCUACAUCAGCUGAACUGACAUGGACAGCUCCAAGUUCAGGGAAUGUGGAGCAAUACAGAGUAACUGUCGGCGUAAGGGAACCGGUGUACGUCCCCAGGGAAAUGAGCAGAGUGAUACUGGAAAGUCUCCGUCCUGGAGAAUCGCUCUUAACACGUGUCAGUGCGGUGGUUGGCUCAGGCAAAAUGCGCCAAGAAGCGGAUUCAAGUGUAACUGUUUCUACAGGACCACUGAAUGCUUCUCAGCUCGUUGCUUACAACUACACCGAAUCAACCAUAGCACUUGUGUGGGCCACUUCGCCUCCGAGCAGCAAUGAGGAGCCGUACAUGCUGUUGAUUAAUCCAGCUGACGCGGAGAAGAGCUACCUGACCGUAUCCGACACUGGAAACAUCGCCUCGGCCGAGUUCAAAGGACUGAAGCCGAACACCGACUACAUGAUCAGACUUAUUAGUAACUCGGGUCUGUCGGUCGGCACCUCCCAGAAAACUAGACCGGGACGCGUAAGCAAUAUUCGCCCUACGGUGGUGACAAAUGACUCUAUCACCCUCGUGUGGGACGCACCGACAGAGGAUGAGGUCACCUCAUACAUGGUUACAGUCUCUCCGGCUGGAACCGCGGAAGACCCCAACACGAUGUUAGACACAAGCCGCAUUUUCGUCAAUCUGGAAUAUGCGACCGAGUAUUUCUUCAGUGUUGUCUCUGUUCACGACGGCAUUGAGAGCGUGCCGCAAACGCUGAUGGUGACGCCCGGUGUAACCCAGGCCGUAACAGAACCACUGAACAUGGUGGCGAUAGUGGUAGGAGUGGUGCUUGGUACGUUUGUCCUUAUUCUGGCAAUUAUCUUCUGCUGUACCUUCUGGAAGUACCGCAGGCUGCAGGGGAGUGAAAAACUCAGUUCGGCAAGAACGGGACGCACAAACGCCGCCUUGGAAACAGACGACCACACCUAUAAGUCUGAGCGUCGCGUAACUGAUACAGACAGCGGGGAAAUAUAUGAGCUUCCCAAUGACCCAAGCAAGGCCUCAGGACCCAAACAGUUCAGUAACCCCUCCACGGAGUAUGAGAAUGCAGUCAUCCGCCCCAUCACCGGAAAAACGCCACCUCCUGUCCAGAACAAGCCCAAGUUCGGUAGACGGUAGAAAUAGGUAAUCUCUUAUUCGGGCUUCCUCAAAACUAUAAAAGCUAAGAUUUGAAGCUAAUUGCUAGAUGAGUGUGUUACAUUCACUGUGCAUUUGCUACUCCAUUAGUUCAGUGUAAAUUUGACAAUAAUUCGUUUUAAAAAGCCGAAGGGAAUACUAAUCAGACAGUUUUCAACAGAUUUCACUGGCAUUUCAUAUAAAAUUAUCAAGCAAUGCUUUUAACAUGUCAAUAACAUUUCGUUUACUGCGUCAUCAACUGCUUUUCCGAGCAACAUAUUUCUCCUUGGUCUUUCCAUUUGUCGUGAAUAUGAAAGUGUCGUAGAGAGAGCUCACCAGAUUGAUUCCACACCGUUGGGGAAAUGGAAAGUAACCAUGACGUCUGAGGAAGAGAUGCGCGUGCGGGGUGGGCUGAUCAACCUGGAUUCAAAUCAAAAGUGAGAGGAGGAUUGCAUGUCAGAUUAGAUCAGAUUUGCUGAAAACAAAUUCCUGAUCGCCGAUUCCUGAUUUAAGAAUAAAAUGCUUGUUUGUUGCCGACCUUCAGACUACAGAAGUAGUUGCUGAUUUAAAAAUAUAUUUUGACUUUCUUUUACAGCAGUCAAUGACUGAGGGUAGAACCCCUAUGUCCAAUUUUCCUGUGCUUUGUAAUUGACAUUAUGGUUACGUUUAGUGAAUAAUCCACUGUGUUUCAUACUCAUGUGCAUCUGUUUUUGUAUCUCAUGAGCUUUUUCCCGUAAAUAAUAUCACACGAGGUUACCCGUCCACAUACCUGACUCAACUCACCACCGUUAAUAAACAAAUGACUUUUCCAAUCAAAUGCGAACAAUUUGAGAGGACGUUGUACCAUGUUCGAAAGGUAUGCCUCUUUCAUAUUCUUUCCCUAACCCUCUCCACCAAGGCAGCGUGCUCGACCGGCCUUUCUUUUUCGUUCUCAUGUGCCCACGACCCAUGAUACUGCUCAAACUGCUACUUAAUGCAGUUAGCUGUUAUAAUGUAUUAUCGGCAAGCUUUGUACCAUGGCAUCAUGUAGAAGCAUCGAUUGUUGGUGGGUUGUCUUAUCAGGCGUACCACCGCAGGGCCCUAAUAACAAGUAUCCGUAGCCGGCUCUACAAAGCAACAAGGUGCAUUUUAACAUCAACUUUUGCACCUCAAACCUCUGUUGAUAGAGGUUAAGCUUUAUAGAAUAUGAAGAAAAUUCGUAAGAAUUUAUUCAAAUGUUUAGAAAUAAAUUUGCGCCGUUCUACCUGACAUGAAAUGCAACGAUACGUGUACUGCAUUUAAUCAUUAACAGUUUUUCCUUUUAGUCUUUUAUAUUAAGUACCGGUAGUAACGAAUCCUUUUUGCUUUUGUGGUUUGUAUGACAACCCUUAAACACUGAAACUUAUUGAUUGUUUCAUUUAAUGGAAAUAUACUGUAAUCUAAUGAUUGUAUUAUGUAUUCAGAUUUAUAUUUUAAGAGGAAUAAAAAGAUUGCAAGUUAAGAGAAUUUCACUGAAGACAUUACCAGUUCACACGAUGAUUCAAACCGUAUGUUGUAUACAUUAUAAUAGCGACGUAACUGAUCCUUCAGUACAACACAAGGUUACACAUCGGCGCUUGUUUAUCGAUCACGAAAAAUCCCACGUUGGAUAUAUUUUAUACGAUGUCAGCCUAUCCCUGACGUAUUCCAAACUGUUUUGAUGAAUUGGCUGUAACUGGAAAUAAUGGUGAACUUUAGUGCCCAAACAUAUUGCCUAAAGCUAAUGCAGUUGGGAAGCUAAUGUGAUAGCGACUGUUGUUGUCACUUCCAGUGUGGUCAAUAUUAGCCUAUCGGCCGCAACCCUUUUGUUUUCGAGGCACGGCAUUCUUAUAUCAGUAGAUAGUUGUUUGAGCUUAACAAUCACAGCAAUAAAAAGUGGUUGUAACAGUCACGUUAAAUAAAAAUGGUCAUGUAUACUCCGAGGUGACAAUGAUUGCUGUAUGUUACAGCAAUGAAUUUUUUUUGGGAAACCCGACGUUAGCAUCACCUUUUCCGUUUUUUUUUCAACUUGUAAGUUGUGUGUUGUUGUGUUGUGUGCUAACUAAUUUCAAAUCAGCAAGCACCGAAAUUGCAUGAGGUUCUUGUGGCUCAACUUUAUUACCAAAACAAUAAGUAUUAAGUGCAUCAGUGCUAAGAAUGACUUCAAUUAACAAAUAAAAUGUUCCAUUCCGUAGAAAUCGAAAUGGAUCAUUUUUGAUCAAUGAAUGUAUAUAUGCACUUGAAAACAUUAUUAGUUUAGAUGGGUUAGCUAAGUUUUAUCAAGAAUGACAUGUUUGGACGAUCCACGCAAUUUGCAGGCUGCGGGUGUAAUGUGUCCUGGUUGAUAUUUAUUUGCCGGCUCAGCUAUACAGAUUUUCUAUACGAUUUUGCUAGAAUCAAUUCCGCUUUAGAUAAAUUCCCAUAUGCAUAACGUGCGUAUUAGGACAAUAAGCAUGUAUUUGGUUCGAACUUUUAUCGAUUGGAAAAUGAUAACACAAUAAUCCGUAAAAAACAAUUGAAGCAGAAUUUUUGGUUGUGUACAGUGUAUACGGUUUCUGAAGUUGGGAAAUAAAUAUAAUCCAAGAUUGUC